CAAGAGGGCCAAGUUCAGCUUGAUGAUAGAAAAAACUACAUGCCCCUCGAGAAACCAAUGGUCCAAGAAACCUCUCGAAGAGUAGAAGAGAUAAUCAAUGAUCUCCACCAGGGAAAUCAUAUAGACGCAAUGACCAAGAAGUGGCUUUCUCAAACACCUAGCCCACCGCGUAUACCAUUAUUUUACACGCUAACAAAGAUUCACAAACCAGUUUUAACUGGUAGACCUAUAAUUUCGGGCUGCGAUGGCCCAACAGAACGUAUAUCAUCAUUUUUAGACCACAUCCUACAGCCUAUCGCUAAAGUACAAAAAUCCUACCUGAAAGAUACCACACAGUUUAUCAACUUUAUAGAAAAGAGGAAAGUUCCAAACAACGCGAUCCUAGUUUCUAUGGAUGUUACCAGCCUGUACACCAAUAUUCCUCAAGAAGAAGGACUAAACACUGUAUGCAAAGCAUAUGAAGCCUUCUAUAAGAACGACACACCCAUUCCUACAAAUUCACUCAGAAGCUUGCUUAGACUUAUACUACAGGAGAACUCCUUCCAGUUCAAUGGAAGAAACUAUCUCCAGACUCAUGGUACCGCAAUGGGAACAAAAGUGGCAGUUGCUUUUGCCAACAUCUUUAUGUCCGCGGUAGAAACAGAAAUUAUCAAUAAAAGCAAGAUAAAACCCCUCGAGUGGAAAAGAUACAUCGAUGACGUGUUCUCCCUGUGGGACACAAACAGAGAGGAAAUAGACCAAUUCAUUUUAGAAGCAAACAGGCACCAUCCUACCAUAAAAUUCACGGCUGAAAUAUCAGAAGAGAAAACAAACUUCCUAGAUACUACUAUCUUUAAAGGCGAGAGAUUCUACAAAGAUUCAAUCUUUGACAUCCGUACGCACUUUAAACCGACUGAGACAUUUCAAUACAUGCAUUUUUCCUCCUGUCACGCUCCAGGCGUGAAAAAAGGAUUUAUCAAAGGCGAAGCCCUUAGGCUCCUUAGAACCAACUCUUCAAAGGCAGCAUUUGAAGAAAACGUUGAAAAUUUCAGAUCACACUUGCGUGUCCGAGGCUAUCCAGAUAAUCUGGUAAACAAAAUCCUCGCAGAGGUCAAAUUUACAGAUAGAAAGUCGGCACUUCAACAAAAACCGCAAAAAGUGAAAAACGGAUUAAUGCCUUUUGUCACACAGUACAAUCCAUCAGUGCCUAACCUUAAAAAUAUUUUAAUGAGCAAGUGGCAUUUAAUCGAAAACCAACCAAUGCUGAGAGAAAUAUACAGAGAACCACCUCUCAUCUCCUACAGGAGAGGAAAAUCUCUAAGACAUACUUGUUAG